AUGCGCACUAAUACCGACCGCAACAAACAAAUAACGCUCGAGUCUUACAGUGAUGCCGACUUUACUGCCGACAAGGGAGACAGAAAAUCGCUCACUGUUGUCAUCGUUUUGCUAAAUGGGAUGCCUGUAAGCUGGGCAACCAAGAAAAAAGGUAGUGUCUCUCUCUCGACUAUGGAGGCCGAACUUAUCGCGGCAUCUGAGACUGCACGCGAGUUUUUUGGUAUUCGAGAGAUGCUUAAAGAGGUGGGACUCGCACCGACUAAGCCUAUGUCGAUGCAUGUCAAAAACGAGGCCACGAUUCGCCAGAUCGAAGAAGAGACUUUGUCUCUAGUAGCUAAUCGACGUGCGCCUCAAGUUUGUUAA